UCCUCCCCGUUCUUCUGCUUUCCCCUCCCCCUGGGGGCGGCUCUCACCUGGGCGGACCGGCAGAAGCAGCCAAUGGGCUGAUGGGGCGGGCCGCAGAGUUUGGGUAGCGGCUUCGGCGGCCGCAGUCUGGUUCCGCAGUACCGGGGGUCUCGUUGGGGGAGAGUGCUGGUGAUGACGGCCCUCAGUCGGACAGAGGCCGUUGCCGACCCACCCAGUUAAAGUCCAUGAGAAUGAAGACACUGGGAAUUAAAAAAAAUGGAUGUGAUCUUUCCUGCCCCAAUCUGGACAGUGGAUGGAUGACAAAGAAAGGAGCACUCUUCCUGUGCCCUCACCUCCUUGACCUGUUGAGCUUCCAAGGCAAGAGGGGUGAAAACUAACAGAAAAAAUGGAAUGUUAGCCCAAGCAUGUGAAUGCAGAGAGAACUCCAGGAGAGAGCAUGCACCUGCUUCAGUGAAAGGAACCAGUCACAGCUCCAAACAGAUGCAUGAAAAAACAGUUCCCUUGAAGAUCCCAGUGGACCAACUGGAAAAGUUGGAGGAAUCUCCAAAGGAGAGGAGUCCCUGCCUGGAGACCCUGGAGGAGAGUGUGCAUCUGCCUGAAGGCCUAAAGGAUGAAGAGAUAAAGAAAAGCAGCCUAGAAGUGACACCAAAUAAAUACAACCAUCAAUAUCAUAAGCUGUUCAAGGACAUCCCCCCAGAGGAGACUGUUCUGAAAGUGUGUUCCUGUGCACUCCAAAGGGAUAUCCUCAUACAAGGACGUCUAUACAUCUCCCAUAACUGGCUCUGCUUUCAUGCCAGCCUCUUUGGGAAAGACAUCAAGGUAGUCAUCCCUGUGCUGUCUGUCCAGAUGAUAAAAAAGCAUAAGAUGGCCAGACUCUUGCCAAAUGGACUGGCUAUUACAACCAACACGAGCAGGAAGUAUAUUUUCGUAUCAUUGAUCUCAAGGGACAGCGUCUAUGAUGUACUGCGGAGAGUCUGCACCCACCUGCAGCCUUCCAGUAAGAAGAGUCUGAGUGUAAGAGAAUAUCCAGAUGAACCUGACUCUGAGUCUCUGGAGGGCCUUGUUCCAGAAAUGAAAUGGAGAAAGAUGUCCCCAACUUCAUUGUCUCUGUCCCUCCCUGAUGAUGUCUUCCCCUGCAUUCAUCGGGGAUCUAUUAGCAGCCUGGGCACCAAGGAGAGCUCCUUCCCCUCUGAGAAACCCCUGGCAUCUGAUAAUGCUAUCCACACAGAGGAGGAGCUGGAGGGGGAACCAGAGGGCAGCCCAGAGCUGAGGCCCUGGGAUUAUCAGCUGCUCAAGGUCUUCUUUGUACUGAUAUGCCUCCUGGUUGUGUCAUCAUCUUACAUGGCAUUUCGAAUCUUCCGGCUGGAGCAGCAGUUAUGUUCUCUGAACUGGGACUCUGUGUCCCAUAGACACAGGUGACAGCAGUGGGAAUUUUGUGAGUACCCUUUCCAAGAAGGGAGCCCUUGGUGUUGAGAUUCCAACAUAGUUCCCCCUCAGUUUGUGUUGCUGAAAUGCCAAGAAGAGAGUCUUAAUGAAAAGAUUUCUAAUUUUCCUGCCACCUUGAUAGCCUGAUCUGAAGGACCUGUUUAUGAAGGAAUCCUCUCCUGGUCUUAUUGGACUCAACUCAGCAGAUGGAGAAACCAGUUGUGGGAUCCUGUGCCUCAGUUUCAGCUGUCAGGAGCAAGUCGGGGAAACCAUCUAAGCUGCUUCUCAGAAAUGGUUGCUUUGGGUAGGCAGAGUGUUUUUUGGAAAAGCUCAUUGUACUUGGGCAUCAGGAAUAGAGUCUCAUUGAGGUCACUCCCACUGUUAUGUCCCUCACUCCAGUGUCUGAGGAAUCCAAGGACUGAAUACCAAUGCUACUCAUCCCUUUUGCUGCCCUGAACAAGCCUUCACCUGGAGGCCUCAGCUGUGCCCAAAAGAAUUACUUCCUCUGAGCCCCCUGGAAGUCUUACCCAAACGAAGUUGAACACACGAAGCCAAAGGGCAUUUUGCUGCUGGGGUAACUAGACGUGAGCUCAGGACAAAGCUUACUUGGAAAAAGGUUGGAGGUAGACUAUGCAUCUUAAGUGGAGGGGGAGAAGUGAUAGCAACAGAAGGUGGCCAUCCUUGUACUUGUAAUCAAUCUAGCCAUGCCUGGCAGCCUGGGACAAAGCUGGAAGGGCAGCAAGUGGGGGAGAUGAAAGGGCUACAGCACUUUCUGAGGGCCAUUUGGGGAGGAGUAGGCUGUGGGAGGAAAAGGAAACAUCCCAAAGGAUUUCUUUGCUGAGUCUGUGCCUAUGUUGAUAACAUUUUCUACUCUUCACACAGAGGCCCAAGAAGCAGACAGGCCAGCGGUAACUGGUAAAUCAGUCAGGGACAGUGUUUUUGCUUGAGCUAUUUGUGUCAUUGUCAGAGCUAAACCUAGGUGCAAUAAGCAAAGUGAAUAAUUGUGCCUUUAAUCUAUACCAUUCUUGAAUAUAUACCUUCAGCUCUCUUUCACAAAUGGUACCCUGGAUUAAUGCUUCAUUUUCUGGAAACUUGAACAGGCACUGAUUAUUGGGCAGUGUAUAUACUUUACCUAAGAGUUCUCUCUGGGAAAAGUAGACAUCCCAUGGAGUGAGAGGAGUCUGUUUCACUUCCCCUUUCCCCCAACCCUAAACCCUAUUUAAAUCAUUUGUCAUGUCUCAGGCUCAGGUACUUCUUGGCUUUGUACUCUUGUUUUAAAGAAUAGAUGUGGUCAAUAUUUGAAUAAAACAACUCCCAGAUUUUUCUUCUUGGAUCUUCCAGCUUUCUCCCUAAGUCCUUCCUAUCAAGAUUUUUUUUAAGGAAACAACUUGAUAACCUGAUCUUCUCCUCCUUGGAAAAAGGGAUACAAUUUCUGAUCUUCCAACAAAAAAUAAACCCACACCCUCUUCCUGAGCACAUGAGAGCUGGGAGAAGCAUAAGGAAAUGAAGUUGGCUGAAAAGGUGGUAACAAGCAUCAUGAACCCAGUGCAAUAGACCUGCUCUCACAAUUUCCCCCAUUUAGCACCCCACCCCAUUCCCUAUACCUGUAGUUUCCAUUUGCUCCCUUCCCUAAUCUUUGACUUAGUUUCACCCCCCCCUCUUCCUGCCAUUUAAGUUCAGGCAAGAAGGAAACUGAGGAGAAAACAUGUCGAGUGCAUCACAGAUGACAGUUCAGAAGUUCCCACACUGUAAAAGGUUGUUUGCCAUCCUUUCCUUCUUCAAGAUUCUUGAGAUAGGCUCCUUGGCCACUUGGGAUGUCCCUUUCUUGACCCUGGAGAAAGAAAGCAGGAGUAUCAAGCUUGGAAGUGGGCACAUUACUGAAAGGGAGCCACAGCUUCCUGCGACACCCAACAGGCACUUCAGACAAAAGGCCCGGGGAGAGAUGCUCAUGAAACUUCUCUGAUUGAACUCUGCAACCUAAAUCAAUGCUGCUGUAAACACUGGAACACACUGCCCCAUCUAAGGAGCUCCUGGAUUUGGCACACUACCUCCAACUCUUUCCUCUUGUCCUAGUCCUUGGAAGAGUCAGACAGCACUGAGAAGCUUAAGUCAUCUCAAUCAAUGAAUCCUACAGUGGAAAGGGACCUCAGAUCCUCAGAUGUUGCCUAGUUCAAUCAGUACCUGAAGCAUGAAUUCCCCACUACAAAGCCUUCAGCAAGUGGCCCUCCAGACCUCUCGGGAUAAGGAACACCUGACCUGAUGAGGCAGCCCAUUUAAUUUCUGGGAAGCUCUAAGUGUUAAAAAGUUUUUCCUUAUAUUGGGCCAAAAUGUGCUUCUCUGCAGUCUCCACUUUUUGGUAUUACCUCCGCCUUCUGGGCCAAGAAGAAUGAGUGUUAUCUCUCUGACAUGAAGAUACUUCAAAGAGUUGAAAAUAAUGUCCAUAUCUUAGUCUUUUCUUCAAACCAAGCAUCCCCAGGAUGCCAUCCUGGCUGACCUCCUCUACAUGUGCUUCAGCUUGUUCAUGUCCUUCCUCAAUCAUGGCACCCUAGACUGAACAGAUUUUAGAUUCUGUUUUCUGAUCAGGGCAGAUUAUAGUAAACUUCUCAUCUCCUAUAUUCUGGACACUAUGUCUAAAAUCACAUUAUUGUUUUUGGUUGCCAUCUCACACAUUGACUCAUAUUGCAGCCCACUAGAAUAUGAACUACUUUGUAAUAAUGUCUCUUUCCUCUUUUCCUCUCACCCUGACCUGGGCAGCUGAUUUUUUAAACUCAAGUAUAGCACUUCACCCUUCUAAAUUUCAUCUUGUUAGUCUGGGUACAGCAGGGUUGGUAGCUGAGCACUAGGGGCAAUGUGGAGUAUUCUAUUGUGAUGACUGUAAACUAUAAAGUAUUUAUUAUAUACACACGAAUGGAUGUUCUUUUGAUUUCCUGGGAAGAUGGUCCAACCAGAUUCUGUAUUGUCUGGGGGAGGUGGGUGGGUAAUGCUGGGUGUAUUUCAAUACAGUGUGAUG